GUGAGGGGGGCGCAUCGAAGACAAAAGCAGAAAUAUACUCAUGUUUGCUUUGCUGGGACAGAUUGUUAUGUACUUUAGCCUUUCGGUAACUGCGUUCAUUCCUUCACGCAAACUUAAGUACAGAAAGGAAAGGACGUACAGCUAGUUAACUGACUUUGGAAGAAGAAAAAAAGAAAGAACAUACAGUGCAUUUUGGGAAGUUACAGGAUUCAGCUUUUCGUUCAAAUUGUUGGACCUCGUUUUUUGUAUUUCCUUAUAAUUCUCCUGGAAAAAUGAGUAACAGUCAAAUGCAACCUUUACCUGGACAGCAAGUUGUCCAUGUCGCACAGGACCUUGAUACAGAUCUCGAGGCGCUGUUUAAUUCGGUUAUGAACCCAAAACCGAGUUCUUGGAGGAAAAAAAUGCUCCCGGAGUCAUUUUUCAAGGAGCCGGAUUUGGGAUCGCAUUCCCGGCAGUCGAGCACCGACUCAGGAAGCCAUACUCCCAGACUUCCAGUGCAGCACGCACGGUCACAUUCCUCUCCAGCCUCUUUACAGCUCGGAACCGGAGCCAACGCGACCCCAAGCCCGGCGCACCACGCGCAUCUGCGCCAACAGUCUUUCGAUGUCGCCGAUGAAUUGCCCCUGCCUCCGGGAUGGGAGAUGGCGUUCACGUCCACUGGUCAGAGAUACUUUCUCAACCAUGUGGAGAAGAUCACCACGUGGCAGGACCCCCGCAAGACCAUGACGGCCGCCGUCAACCAGAUGAGCCUCCACGGCCCCACCCCCUCCGCCCCCGGGCAGCCACGCUCCAUGGCCCUGUCACAGCCCAACCUGGUAAUGAAGCAGGCCCAGGCCUUGGCCUCCAACCCCCCAGUUUCCCAGCAGAGCCUCCAGCAGCAGAGCACCCAGGCCGGGCUCAUGAGCCUGCCCAACCCCCUGACCACCCAGCAGCAGCACCAGCAGAAGAUGAGGCUGCAGCGGAUCCAGCUGGAGCGGGAGCGCAUCCGGAUGAGGCAGGAGGAGCUGCUGAGGCAGGAGGAGCUGAUGAGACAGGAGGUGGCGCUAUGCAGACAGAUGCCCAUGGAAUCGGACGGCAUGGCUCCUGCGCCCAACACAAUCAGUGCCACUCCCAUGACCCAGGGGACGAUGCCCAGCAAUAGCUCUGAUCCCUUUCUCAACAGCGGGCCGUACCAUUCCAGAGAGCAGAGCACGGACAGUGGCCUGGGCCUGGGCUGCUACAGCAUCCCCACAACCCCCGAGGAUUUCCUCAACAACGUGGACGAGAUGGACACGGGUGAGGGUCUGCCACAGGGCACCAUGGGAGUCCCCCAGCAGAGCCGCUUCCCCGACUUCCUGGACUCGCUUCCUGGCACCAACGUGGAUCUGGGCACCCUGGAAGGCGCUGACCUCAUCCCCAUCCUCAAUGACGUGGAGUCGGUGCUGAACAAGGCCGAGCCAUACCUCACCUGGCUGUAGAUUGAGAGAGAGCCCGGAGGGAGGCGCCAGAGACCAAGCCACAACAAGAUUAAAGACUUUCUACGUCUGCUUCCUUUCUUGCUCAAUGAAUUUCUGAUGUGUUUGCUUCUGGUGUCAUUUCUGACCAGUGUAUCCCUCCAAAUUCAAAGCAGAAACACACAAACCAAAGGUGGUCAGUUAGAAGUGCGGGAAAGGGCAUGCAAGGCACAAUCGAUCACAAUGCUAGUCGCACUAAGCUUUUUUAACAUGUAGCAUUGUUUUUUUCUGUUCUCUGAUUUUAAAUCAGCAGUUACAGUGCAUUACUGCUUGUGAGAGGGAUAUGAACAGCACAAAACACAACUGUCGGUCUAAGUGUGCUGUGACUUCAGCAUGCAGGCAGGGAUGCUUUUUAGUGCCAGUAGAGGGAGCCAUUUCUCCUUUUCGCAAUGUCUACUGUAGCUGGGGCCUUAUUUAGUAUUCAAGCUGUUGGUCCCUAGGCCGUCAAUGAUCCAAACUCCUGUGAGGGGUCUGGGGUACAGCCUAGACUUGUAGCUACAAUCACACAUAGUUAGUCAUUACCAUUUUAACAUCAACUAAAUCAUUAAGAACAAAUCCAUAAGGACAACAGUGACAUUUUCUUAUUUUAUACCAAAUAAAUAUUUCAUAUUGUGUGCAACAGCUUUAAGAUUUUUUAAGUGAAACUGUAAACUUACAAUAGAUUUUUUUAAACAUUAUUUUGUUGUUAUUUUUAAAGUUGUAUUUUAGCAGUGUGUUUAUAAAGACACCCGUAUACCUUUAGCGAUUAGAACACUACAAGGCAUGAAGCCUCAGGUGUGAAAAGUAGCGGACUUAUGUUUUAUAUUACUGACUUUUUACGUAAUACUACAGUACUUUAAAUUACAUACUGUAAAAUUGUCCAUAUUGGUGGUCACA